GCAAGUCGCAACCCCACCUCCACACCUCUCUCUCUAGCAUUCACACUCGCACACACAGUGUUCUUGUGCCGAAGAACUAUUUAUUGCCACCGCAUCGAUUCUUAGUACUGGGGCUUAAUUACUCAUUCCCUUCUGCUCCAUCCACCCCGUGUUCUUGAAUUUCUGGGAUAUUUUCUUUCCCCCACUCCGCACCAGAGCUGCAUUUGCUCGAGAUUUAUAGCCUCCUGCUUUAGCCUCUCCUUUCUGCUUGUCCCUUUCCCCAGUGGGGAGGUUAGCAUCCGGCACAAGCAAAGCGCUGCUUCUUCUUGCAGUUUUUGCGCUCCCUUUUGUUGCUAAAUCUGCCUGCAAGAUCUGAUACAAAGAGGAGAGGGUGAGAACCAAGCGAGGGGAGGUUCUUGCGUGGAAUUCUUCAGCGUGAUGAGGCCUGACGCGCGGCUGGAUUCGGUGGUCUUCCAGCUCACCCCCACCCGAACAAGGUUUGAUUUGGUUCUGAUAGUGAAUGGCCGGAAGGAGAAGCUUGCAUCCGGUUUGCUGAAGCCGUUCCUGGCGCACCUAAAGGCUGCUCAGGAUCAGAUUGCCAAGGGAGGGUACUCGAUCACGCUCGAACCAAGCUCUGGCAUCAAUGCACCAUGGUUUACGAGAGGCACCGUGGAGAGAUUUGUGCGUUUCGUGAGUACUCCGGAGGUCCUUGAGCGAGUGACAACACUGGAGUCUGAGAUCCUGCAGCUGGAGGACGCCAUCGCCAUCCAGGGCAAUGAUAAUCUUGGAUUAAGAUCUGUAGAAGACCAUGGAAGAAAGUUGACUGAAAGCAAUGAAGGUGGCCGGGUAAAUUAUGAUCCUGCUGCAGAUACAGCGAUUGUUGUCUACAAGCCUGGGUCACAUCCUAUGCCACCAGUGCAGAAUGAAACUACAGCACAGGAGGAGAAUUCAAAAGUUCAACUGCUCAGAGUGCUUGAAUCCCGCAAAACUGUCUUACGGAAAGAGCAGGCUAUGGCUUUUGCUCGUGCCGUGGCGGCUGGGUUUGAAACUGACAGCCUGGGUUACCUGAUUGCAUUUGCUGAGCGCUUUGGUGCUUCACGUCUGAUGAAGGCAUGUUCGCAAUUCAUUGAACUGUGGAAGCAAAAGCAUGAAACUGGACAAUGGAUUGAAGUUGAACCUGAAGCAAUGUCUACACGCUCUGAAUUUCCUCCAUUUAAUGCAUCUGGCAUUGUGUUUAUGGGAGACAACAUGAAGCAAAACAUGGAAUCAGGGUCUGUUCCUAAUGGAGAGGCAAAUGGCGAGGAUGGAGCUAAAGCUGAUCAGAAGCCUGGUCAGCAGAUGGGAUAUCAGGCAGCAUAUCCCCCAUGGGCAAUGCAUCCUCCAUCUGGUGCAGCUGUUUACCCACCUUAUCCUAUGCAAGGCGUGCCAUUCUAUCCUGGGGUGAAUCCAUACUACUCUCCAUAUCCUCCAGUGGAUGACCCCAGGCACCACUACUCAGGAAGGAAAUCUUCGAGGAAGCACUCCUCGGAUAGUAAGGACUCAGAAACUUUAGAUGUUGGAAGUGACAGUAGCAGUUCAGAAAGAGGAAGUUCUCAUGGUCGCAAGUCUCAUAGAAAGGGUAAGAGGUCAGGGAAGAAGAAGCCUAGUGUAGUUGUUAUCAGGAAUGUAAAUGUAACAUCUAAAAAGCAUGGCUUAUCAGAGACUGAGUCACAAUCAAAUUCUGAUGUUGGAUCUGAGGAUAGUGAUGAUUCACACUCAAAAUCAAGAGAAGGGAAGCAUAAAAGUUCAAGUUCAAAGAAAAAGAAAGAGGAAGGCAGGAAAACUACUUUUGACUCUGGGGAUGAGUAUAGCAAGGAUGAAACAUCAAAUGGUCAAAAUACUGACCAAGGUAACUGGAGUGCAUUCCAAAAUUUCUUGUUAAGAGCAGAAGAAAAAACAAGAGCUAGUGAUGCAGACCUGUUUGCUGGUGAAAAGGAGCCCCCAUCAAGGAGAAAAAAGAAUGUAAACGCUGCCGAUCCUAUUCUUUUAGCUGAGAGAGAUUCUGGCAAUGUCUAUGAACAGAACACAGUAGGUUUUGAUUCAGCCAGUGGGAGGACUAGGACUAGAACUAUUCGGGUUGUGUCCAAUGAUGAACUUGUUAUGACUGGGGAAGGGAGAAGCUAUAUGGAUGGUGAAAUAAAGGAGAUAGAAGCUGGUGGUGGAAGGUACAGGAGAGGGACAGGUGAUGACUUCAUGGUUUAUGGUCAGGAAAGGCAGAUAGACAGAAGUAAUUUGUUGGAUCCUCUUGCAGAGGCCCGGUACAAGAGUCCCACUCAGAAGGAUAAGAAUAUGAAUGCUGUGGCGGAUGAGUCUUUUAUGAUUCCUCUUAGAUCCAACUCACUGGAUAAUUUCGGAGCAGAAAGUAGAACUGCUAUUGACAUAGGUGUUGAGCUUCCUACAAGCAUUCAUAAAAUGUCAGAUGGAAAGGCUGGAAAUCAACUUUUCUAUGAGCCAGAUGAACUGAUGCCGGAGCGUGGAUUCGAAGAUGUUCCGAUUGGAUAUGAUCCAGCAAUGGAUUACAAUAGCCACAUGCUGAUGACUACCGUGAAGGUGGAAGAUAUAAAAGAAGAGGAUGUCUUGCUGAGUAUUAACAGAGAUGUAAAGAAGGCAGAGAUAGAGAAGCUAAGGAACGCAAAGGAUGGUUCAGAUAAAAGAAGGAAAGAUGCCUUAUUGAGGAGACUAUCAGCUCCAAAGACCCCAUUGAAUGAUGCACAAAAACGUGCACAGAACCUGCGAGCAUAUAAAGCAGACCUUCAGAAACUGAAGAAAGAGCAGGAAGAAGAGCAAAUAAAGCGACUGGAGAGGCUUAAAUUAGAGAGGCAAAAGAGGAUUGCUGCAAAAGGUAAUGGAAAGAGUCCAGGGAGCAAUCCUCCAAAGGCAAACAGUAUCAAUGGACUGAGUAAAUCAGUUCCAUCCUUCAGUGGGGUGAAGAAAGAGAAAAAUGGAACAACUGAAUCAUUCAGUGAUCGACUGAAGAGGCUUUCUGAACCCAAAAGCAUUGCUGGGGUGGAGCAUUCUUCGAAUGCAAAGUCAACUAGUGCAGACCAUUCGCGGAGGAGAAGCAUGGCAUGAGUUGAUGUGAGAUGAAGAACCAGUACCUUGAAUCUGUCUUGCAUUUUGACAAUCAAUCAACCUUACUGGAACAAGGCACCGUGAUCAAGAUCUCCAAAAGCAACCUUACAGCAUUGCCUGCUUCCAAAAUCGUGACGGAAAAGUGAGCGAGUUCUGCAAUGGCAAGGAAUUGCACUUUCAGUUUAACAUAAUUAUUUCAUUCUUUGAUUGGAGGUGGCUUGUAAUAGCUGUAAACCUGUUUUUGGUAAAGAUGUGCUAUAUUGUGGAUGUAUUUAAAGAAUGAAUUGGUCGGUGUUUGAGAUAUAUGGCGUGAUGGCAAUGGACUGAGAUGGCCCGACAACAGUGCGAUACGCUACAGUUGAGACAAGCAUGAAAAGGAUGUUGUUUUUCUACACUUCGUUAGAUAGGUCAGGCGAUGAUCAAGGAUCCUGAGCUUAAAACUCUAUUCAAGGAAGGUAACUUUCAGUGUGUGAUGACUUUA